GUGUGUGUGUGUGUGUAUGAGAGAGAGGGGGAAGGAGAGAGGGGGGAGGGAGGGAGAGGAGAGACAGAGAGACAGAGAGAGAGACACAGAGAGAGAGAAACAGGAGAGAGAGACAGAGAGACAGAGACAGAGAGAGAGAGAGGGAGAGAGAGAGAGAGAGAGAGAGAGAGAGAGAGAGAGAGGGAGAGAGAGAGAGAUCAAAGCACUCUAGAGGUUGGGACAGAAUGGCUACUGUUACCUCAAGGACAGCCUGAGUAAUUGUGAAAGUCCUCAUAUCAAAAAACCUGAAAAGAAUCACGCACCUCCUGCCAUCUCCACAUCUUCUCUCCCUUAACAAGGAGGUAGGAGCUAUGGGAGUGCUUUGCUGCCUUGACAGUCGAGAAACAAAAUGCCUCCUGUGGGCCGGGACUUGGUCAUGUAUCUUGUAGAGAUAGUGGGAAAAGCCAGAGGGGUGAAGAUCGGAUGUGGUUCUUUCUGGACGCGUGGCCCAGACUCUUGGAUGGGAAGCAGGUGUCUCAUCUCCACCUCAGAGACCUGUGGUUCUAAGGAUGCCCUAACAGGCGCCACGGCAACUCAUGUAGCACUGAGCUGCUUAGCCUACCAGCCACGAGAGCUUUUCACAGAUACAGCUCAUUUUAAAACGGGAAAGGAAUUGAAUCCAUUGAGAUCCUGGCUCAGCUCCCAUGCAUGGCGUCUCUGGUGUGUGGCAGCAUAAUGCUAAGACUCACAUCUGUUGUUUGGGCCAAGCCCGGCAGGAGCUCUCAUUUGGUUGAUCUGGGACUCAGUUUGGUCCUGCUGGUCUCUCGAGGUAGGUGCAGUCUCCAUGCUGGACCCUGUGACUUCCAAAGUGAGUAGGUCUGUAAGGGGGCCUUACCCCUCCUUCGCUCCUGGCGGCCCCAGGAGAAAUAGUUACCAGCUCAAGGCAUGUCUUUCCUUAGGAGUUCUAGUUCCCUCUCCUACUAAAAAGAGGAAGGGAUAUUCAAGUUCUGAUCUGCUCUUGUACAGAAAACAGUCUGUGCUCCUCAUCUGUCCCGUCGAUGAGCCACGGUGAUACCGGAGUCUGUUUAUGGCUCAGUAUUGGGAAAAUAAUUCUGUCUCCUGCUGAUGUACUACUUGGUCCAAUCUCCUGGCCUCUCCUCUCCAGCCUAAGGACUGGGUUUUCCAGGCACUGAGUACAGUGGUCACAAGGGAGGUCACGCUUGGUUUGUGCGCUACUGGCAAAUUCUUGGUUGGAGUCUCUGCGGUGCUAGAAGUGGCAGGCAUUCCAGAACAUAUAUUUGACAGGUAUUAAAAAAAAAUGGGAUCGCUUCUCGGCCUUUUGGCUAAGAUCAAGUGUAAAAAAAAAUGGGGGGUUGGGGAAUUUAGCUCAGUGGUAGAGCGCUUGCCUAGAAAGCGCAAGGCCCUGGGUUCAGUCCCCAGCUCCGAAAAAAAGAAAAAAGAAAAAAAAACAAAAACAAAAACAAAAAAAAAAAAACACGGAUUUUUUUUUCACAAUAGGACUCAGAGAUAUGAAAAACAAAACAAAAAAACAAAACAAAAAAACAAAGCUCACCACUGAAAAGCCAGAGCCAGCAUAGACACUGCUUCUAACUAACUUACAGGCUCAGUCAGACUCAAAUUCCAUCCAGGCUGAGCCAAACAGUCGGCCUGUAGCUUAAGCCGUCCUGUGUUAGUAUCUGAUCCCAGGAGCAACGAGACCUCCAUAUGUGUGCAAAGAGAAAGUCCUAGAUUCAGCCACACUCUGCCACCCCUUCCCCCACUGUAAUUGUUUCUAGUUUGCCAAGGGCCCCCAUGGAAUCCAUGCAGCGUUUUUUUUUUUUCCUUUUGAGUUUAAAAAUAGACUUCCAAGGUAUUCAACUCUCUUAAAAGGAACAUGACAGACACCCGUGCCAAUGCUGUGGGACCUGAUACCCAGCCCUGGUCACCUCCCUAAAUAGUCCCCACACUUGCCAUCAGUCCACUCAGGGAGGCUGGGUGCCCAGGGUUACCCAAUUAGCUACUGGGACCUCAGACUGUUAAAGAGGAACAGCCAGGGUUUCUCUCCCUCUCUGCUGUCCUCGUGUGACGAUGCUCAGGAGGCGCCCCACGGGUGUUAGGUGGGGAUGCUGUGCUUCUUGCAGUUCAAUAGAACAUUUAUUUACUUAUUCAUUCUGCUGAGGGCCUCACACGUAGGGAGCACAGAGUAUGCCAUUGAGCCAUCAGCCACUCAAUGGAAUCAAAGUAUCAGCGUUCUCUGAAACAUUUUAGAAAGAUCCUCCCUAGUUACUUGGUGAGCAGAUGGUUAUGGCAAGUUACAUAGGGGAGGAAUAACAUUUCCCCCACAGGGACACUCCUGGCGCCUCACACACUCCAUUGGGUGGUCCACUCAUGGCUCCUCAGGGUGAUAAACCUCCUGCCUUUCUCAGUAAAGGGUGGAGUACCUCAGGCACGCCCUUAUCAAUGGUGCCCAGAGUCCUUAGGAGCCAGGGUGACUCCCUGUGUGGGUGACAGGCAGAAGUGAUAAAGAGGGGACCAAGGCAAAAAUGCUACAAGAAGCCCUCAGACAUGGCUGGAGGCACCACGUCUUUGUAGCUGCUUCUUGAGAACUAUGUUGUCUGUGUAGAAAACGUCAAGUCAAAGAUGGCACAUGCAAAACUCAGAGAUCUGGAGAUCCUUGGGGUGGGGGGCUCCUCUUUUAGACCUCAAUUUGUCUAGGGUAGAUCAGAAACACUCUAGACUUCAGGGAGAAAGCUUUAGAACAAGACCUCAGUUAGGGAGAUGAUAGAAAGAGAAAAGCUGUGUCAGCACUCAUGCAUUGGGUACCUACCAUAUAUCACGGUGUGCCAGACACCUAUGCAUCACCCACACAACCCUUAGGCGGGUAGGCAGAACUGUUUUUGUUUCUCUGAUGUGGAAGGCUCGGCCUUGCUCACAGAAAGGGUGUUAUGCCACCCAGGAGAGCAGACUUUCUGUUGCCGUUAAGUGAGUUCCAAGCCUUGUCAUUUCGAUGGGACAGUUAUAGCAGGGCAUCUGUGGUAGGGACCCAAGACGCUUGAACUCUGCCUUUACCCCAGCUCAUGGCUCUGAUGUCAUGUUUAUGGGAGAGCCAUCUUGCAUACCAGAUUAGUGGACAAAGCUCAUCCUGUUCCUCAGCGUCCUGGAGGUAUGAUGAGCUUAGAACUUAAAAAAAAAAGAGAGAGAGAGAGAGAGAGAGAGAAAAUGUUCUUCCAAGUUUUGAGAAGAGCUAGAGAAUGAACAGCCCCUUGGGUGGGGGAAGGCAGGCACAGUCUAUAUAUAUCCAGGGCUCCCAUCACCCUGGGAACUUCUCACUUUGUCAAGUCACCAAUCGCCUCUCCCCCCAUUGAGACAAGGUCCCUCUGUGUAGACCAGACUGGCCAGGAAUUCACUAACCCCCAACAUCAGGCUCCUGAGUGCUGAGAUGAGAGGUGUGUGCUACCAAGCCCAGCUAGUUUCUUCUCCUCCCACAUAGUCUCCUGACAUAAUUUCAAGUGACCCAGUUCUGCAGCUGGGACCCCCAGUACUUCAUUAUGUUUCUAAGGUGAGGGAGCUGCAGAGAGCCUGGAAAGAAUUUGGCAAGCUUGGAGACACCGCAGAUCCUGUGAAAGUAUGGGCUAGACGAAGGAGCCUGGGCUCUCUUUGCCAGCCGCUCCUACCUGCCUCAGCUCACCAAUGCUGGGCUCUGUGUUGGAGAAGAUUCCUGUGGAUGUUGUGCCCAGCGAUUCUGGGCACAGUAGGUAUGAGCUUAGAAAGUGUAGCAUCUUGAUGUAGGGUAAACAUGGGAGAUGAGGAGGAGGGUGACCAUAUAUGGGAUCCAAGAGUGUAGUAACAAUGGUGGGUAGAGGGAAAAGUCCCCAGUGCUCAAAGAGAAGCUUGGAAGUCCACCAGCUUCCAUUGUCAUUUCCAUGGUAAACUAGCGUUCUCUGCAAUGGCUGCCCUGACAGAGACACUCUGGGAACUGUAAGCUGAUUUGUCUCUCCCCUUGCAGCUGGGAUGUUCUGUCCAGCCCGAUCCUUUCUGCACAUCUUUAGUCCCAUGGCACACGGCAUCCUGAUGAGGAGUGAAACGGACUAUAAUGUCAGCCUUGAAAAUUAGCUCAGCUCUGUGCCAGUCAUGUAGAGAAAGAGUAAGGAAUAUAGAACACAACAAUUCAGCCAUUUCAACAGUUGAUGUUUGUAAUUCACUUGUGGUGUGAGGUUGCCAGGCCUGGGAAAGGACACUAGGGUUGAUUCCUAGAACAAUUCACAUGUGUAUAUAUACACACACAGAGAGAGAGAGAGACAGACAGAGACAGAGAGACAGACAGAGAGAGAGAAACAGAGACAGAGAGACAGAGACAGAGAGACUGACAGAGACAGAGGCAGAGAGAGAUACACUGACAGAAUUUCAAUAAGAGAAACAUUUCAGUUUAAAAUGAGCAAAAAAUAUGAACAAAUGCAUUACUAAAAAAGAUGCAUGGGUGACAGAUGUGCACCUGAAAAGAUGUUAUAGUUAUUAAAGAAAAUACGACUUAAAAACCACAGUGAAACACUGCCCCAUGUCUGCUAUGGUGUCUAAAGAAUGUAGACCAGCAGGCGGGUGGCAGAGACUGAGUACCUGGGGGACCCAGGAAACUUUGGAGGUGAUUCAUACAUUUCUUAUCUUAAUUAUGGUGUGGUAUCCUAGAGGUGUGCUAAUGUCAAAACUUACCAAAUUGUGCAUUUUAAAUAGACAGAUCCUAAGAGGCUAGCCACACCUCAAACAGCUUGAAAUUAGCCUGUCAGGUCUUUCGGCAAGUCACGUGGUGUUUUGGAAGUGAAAAACAAAACACGCUAUUUAUCUUCCAUUUGGGUAGGGCACAAUCUCUCUAAAUAUUAAUGUUGGAAGAGGAGCUUAGUAUCCCCUGGGAUGCUCUACUGGGCUGCAGUCAGGGCUGUUCCGGUAACCAUGACUUAUUAAUUGACACUCUCUGUGCAGAGGCUCUGAGUAAACUCGGGAGGCAGUUUUAAGGGGCACACAGGCAAGAAGUGUAUAGCGUGUCCUGUGGUCUCAGCAGUGGGGAAGAAGGGAAGAGACACUAACACUUGUACCUUGGUACAGCAGUGUAGGCAUUUCCCAAAGUCCUGUAGAAUGUAUCUGUCUUCAAAUUCGGCCUCCUGUGGUGCUGGGUCCUGGAGAGCUGUGAUGUUUCUGACUUCAGAUAGAGCUGGCUUUAUUAGGAUACAUUUUGGUUGCAGAAUUUAUACCACUUCUUUGAUGAACACUUUAGAUUGAUCCAUGUCUUCUGGUCAUCGUCACCUUGGGUCUCCUGGCGCUGCACACUCUUUUAUUUUGCAUGUAUGUGUUAUUUAUAUACGUGCCGUGUGAGCACAUGUGUGUGGAGGACCCAAGUCAGGUGUCUUCCUUGACUUUAUUUAUUGAGGGAGAGUUUCUCACAGAGCUUGCCAGCUAAUUCCAGAGAGUGUGGUUAGCCAGCUUUCCCUGGGUAUCCCCCGAGUGCAUCUCAAGUACUGGGAUUACAUGAGGCCGCCAUGUUUGUCUGGCAUUUGUAUGUGUUCUGGCCGGGAGGGGUCUAAACUCUGGUCAUCAUGGUUUUACUUCGGACUUUAUCCACUGAACUGUUUCCCAAGCCCUGCAGUUUCCUGGGGAUUUUAACAGAGCUAUUCAUGGAAGGUUCUUGAGUGAGUUUGCUUUGGGCCUUGCACCUUUUGUUUGCUGGUGGUGAGCUUGGCCAGCGCUGUGACUCUGAGCUCAGCACUGUCCAUUCAGCUCACAGGUGACUGAGGGAAAGUGAGAUAAUGCCCUUCCGUUUACAGUGGUCCUGCAUUCUUAUCCUCACACAAGACACUGCUGGACAGGUCCGGCAGCAGGGUUGGUAAGAGGGCAUUUGCGUGGCGCAGAUUGUCAUUUGAAGAAAGCAAGAACCUGCACCAUGUCGCUUGGGGCAGCUUUCUCUGGCCAUUUCUCAUCAGUCUGAGUUGGCCUUGAUUGGCAUAGUGUCACCCCACCCCCAACACUACACCAGCUCCCGACAUGCUUUUGACAUCCGUGCCUGAAAUGACCCCCAGGAAAAGGUGCCUACUGCCCCGAUCAGAAACCAGGAUACCUCCUCCAGGUCCACAGCCAGAAGUGGCAUUUUAACCAGGCCACCUCGGGGAGGAGAAAGAGAGGCAGUAGUAAGAUUAACACGCCUGUCCCUAACUCCGCAUUUUCAUUCACUGGGGCUCUGGCACAGCCUCUGGAAUAAGCUAUGCAAUCUGGAGCCUCGGCUGUGAUGGAAGAGCUGGAAAUAUACAAAUUAUCCACGGGGCACAAACAGACUUUGCUGAGCUCACGCUGGCCUGCUGCGGGCUCCCUGGCGGCCGAGACAGGGCGAGAGCGCUGUGCAGCUUGGAGCUCCUCGGUCGCAUUGGCCACAUGUGCCCGGCUUCAGCGGCGCACCUGCAGCUCGGUGGCCUGCGGGGCUCAGCGGCAGGGCCUGCCCCCGGGGGAUCGUGGCUCUUUCCCGCCUGACGCGAUAAUGGACUGAAAAUGACCCGGUGGCGUUAGCGGCGCGCGCAGGGUCGUGGCGCCGGAGCAGGCGUGCGCGGAGGGGGGCGGGGGGCGGCUGUAUUUUUAGCCAGAUGCCUCGUAAGUUGCCCGCGCGCCCCGCGCCGCCCAGCAGAUAACGCCGAGGGAGCUCCGGUGUCAACGGGCGCCGGGCGAUGGCAGAACGGCCGCGCAGGUCGGGGUCAGACCCCGCGGCCGAUGCUGCUACCAGCUUUUUGCGGGCGGCACGCUCAGGAAACCUGGACAAGGCUUUGGAUCACCUACGCAAUGGAGUGGACAUUAACACCUGUAACCAGAACGGGUUGAAUGGCUUGCAUCUGGCCUCCAAAGAAGGCCAUGUGAAGAUGGUGGUUGAACUUCUGCACAAAGAGAUCAUUCUAGAAACAACAACCAAGAAGGGGAACACUGCUCUGCAUAUCGCUGCCCUUGCUGGUCAGGACGAGGUGGUCCGGGAGCUGGUCAACUAUGGAGCCAAUGUCAAUGCCCAGUCCCAGAAAGGCUUCACUCCCCUGUACAUGGCUGCUCAAGAGAAUCACUUGGAGGUGGUGAAGUUUCUCCUGGAGAAUGGAGCCAAUCAGAAUGUAGCCACAGAGGAUGGCUUCACUCCGCUGGCUGUGGCUCUGCAGCAGGGCCAUGAGAAUGUGGUGGCUCACCUCAUCAACUAUGGAACGAAAGGAAAAGUGCGCCUCCCUGCCCUGCACAUCGCGGCCCGCAACGAUGACACACGGACAGCCGCAGUCCUUCUGCAGAAUGACCCCAACCCAGAUGUGCUUUCCAAGACGGGAUUCACACCCCUCCACAUCGCAGCACACUACGAGAACCUCAACGUGGCCCAGCUGCUCCUCAACCGGGGAGCCAGCGUCAACUUCACACCUCAGAAUGGUAUUACUCCACUGCACAUCGCCUCCCGCAGGGGAAAUGUGAUCAUGGUGAGACUCCUGCUGGACCGAGGGGCUCAGAUAGAAACGAGGACCAAGGAUGAACUGACACCACUCCACUGUGCAGCUCGGAAUGGACACGUGAGAAUCUCAGAGAUCCUGCUGGACCACGGGGCACCCAUCCAAGCCAAAACCAAGAAUGGCUUGUCCCCCAUCCACAUGGCGGCUCAGGGAGACCACCUCGACUGUGUCCGACUUCUAUUGCAAUACAACGCCGAGAUAGAUGACAUCACCUUAGAUCACCUGACUCCUCUCCACGUGGCAGCCCACUGCGGCCACCACAGGGUGGCUAAGGUUCUUUUGGAUAAAGGGGCCAAGCCGAACUCCAGAGCCCUGAAUGGCUUUACCCCACUACACAUCGCCUGCAAGAAGAACCACAUACGUGUCAUGGAGCUGCUGCUGAAGACAGGAGCCUCUAUUGACGCAGUCACUGAGUCUGGCCUGACACCUCUCCAUGUAGCCUCCUUCAUGGGACACCUUCCUAUUGUGAAGAACUUAUUACAGAGGGGAGCGUCACCCAAUGUCUCCAAUGUGAAAGUAGAAACCCCAUUGCACAUGGCAGCCCGAGCAGGGCAUACAGAAGUGGCCAAAUAUUUGCUCCAGAACAAAGCCAAAGCCAAUGCCAAGGCCAAGGACGACCAGACACCACUUCACUGUGCUGCUCGCAUCGGCCACACGAGCAUGGUGAAGCUCCUGCUGGAGAAUGACGCCAGCCCCAACCUGGCUACCACUGCUGGCCACACACCUCUGCACACCGCAGCCCGUGAGGGUCACGUGGACACAGCCCUGGCCCUGCUGGAAAAGGAGGCAUCCCAAGCCUGCAUGACCAAGAAAGGAUUUACCCCUCUCCACGUGGCUGCCAAGUAUGGGAAGGUCCGGCUGGCAGAGCUGCUGCUGGAACAUGAUGCCCAUCCCAACGCGGCCGGAAAGAACGGCUUGACUCCCCUGCAUGUGGCCGUCCAUCACAACAACUUGGACAUUGUCCAGCUUCUCCUUCCCCGAGGUGGCUCCCCGCACAGCCCUGCCUGGAAUGGCUACACCCCUUUGCACAUCGCAGCCAAGCAGAACCAGAUAGAGGUGGCCCGCAGUCUACUGCAAUACGGAGGGUCCGCGAAUGCAGAGUCUGUACAAGGAGUGACCCCGCUUCACCUGGCUGCCCAAGAGGGCCACACGGAAAUGGUCGCUCUUCUCCUGUCAAAGCAAGCCAAUGGCAACCUGGGGAACAAGAGUGGACUCACUCCUCUCCACCUGGUAGCACAAGAAGGCCAUGUUCCAGUGGCGGAUGUGCUGAUUAAACAUGGCGUCACAGUGGAUGCUACGACCCGGAUGGGUUACACCCCACUCCACGUGGCCAGUCACUACGGAAACAUCAAGCUGGUGAAGUUCCUGCUACAGCACCAGGCAGAUGUCAACGCCAAGACCAAGCUAGGGUACAGCCCCUUGCACCAGGCAGCUCAGCAAGGACACACGGACAUUGUGACAUUGCUCCUGAAGAAUGGUGCUUCUCCAAAUGAGGUCAGCUCGAACGGAACCACACCUCUGGCAAUAGCCAAACGUUUGGGCUACAUCUCUGUAACAGACGUGCUCAAGGUGGUCACAGAUGAAACCAGUGUGGUGUUAGUCAGUGACAAACACCGGAUGAGCUACCCUGAGACAGUGGAUGAGAUCCUGGAUGUGUCUGAAGAUGAAGGAACUGCUCACAUAUCUUUAACGGGUGACGAACUUGUCGGCUCGAAGGCUGAAAGGCGGGACUCCCGGGAUGUGGGUGAGGAGAAAGAGCUGUUGGAUUUUGUGCCGAAGCUAGACCAAGUGGUGGAAUCCCCAGCCAUCCCAAGGAUCCCUUGUGUCACGCCUGAGACUGUUGUGAUCCGAUCCGAAGAUCAGGAACAAGCAUCUAAAGAGUAUGAUGAGGACUCACUCAUUCCCAGUAGCCCAGCCACAGAGACCUCAGACAACAUCAGCCCCGUGGCUAGCCCCGUCCACACAGGGUUUCUGGUGAGCUUCAUGGUCGAUGCCCGGGGAGGAUCCAUGAGAGGAAGUCGUCAUAAUGGCCUAAGGGUGGUGAUCCCUCCCCGGACAUGCGCAGCACCCACUCGCAUCACCUGCCGCCUGGUUAAGCCCCAGAAGCUAAGCACACCGCCCCCGCUGGCUGAGGAGGAGGGCCUAGCCAGCAGGAUCAUUGCACUGGGUCCUACGGGGGCCCAGUUCCUUAGCCCUGUGAUCGUGGAAAUCCCCCACUUUGCCUCCCAUGGCCGCGGGGACCGUGAGCUGGUGGUUCUGAGGAGCGAGAACGGCUCCGUGUGGAAGGAGCACAAGAGCCGCUAUGGAGAAAGCUACCUGGACCAGAUCCUGAACGGCAUGGACGAAGAGCUGGGGAGCCUGGAGGAGCUGGAGAAGAAGCGCGUGUGUCGCAUCAUUACCACCGACUUCCCCCUGUACUUUGUCAUCAUGUCCCGGCUCUGCCAGGACUACGACACCAUCGGUCCUGAAGGGGGCUCCCUGAGAAGCAAGCUGGUGCCCCUGGUACAGGCGACGUUCCCCGAAAACGCGGUGACCAAGAAAGUGAAGCUGGCUCUGCAGGCCCAGCCUGUCCCAGACGAGCUGGUGACCAAGCUCCUGGGCAACCAGGCCACCUUCAGCCCCAUUGUUACUGUUGAGCCAAGGCGUCGGAAGUUCCACCGUCCCAUUGGGCUGCGAAUCCCACUCCCUCCCUCAUGGACUGACAACCCCAGGGACAGCGGGGAGGGAGACACCACCAGCCUACGCUUACUGUGCAGCGUCAUCGGUGGAACUGACCAAGCCCAGUGGGAAGAUAUAACGGGAACAACCAAGCUUGUAUACGCCAAUGAGUGCGCCAACUUUACCACCAACGUCUCAGCCAGAUUCUGGCUGUCGGACUGUCCUCGGACCGCUGAGGCCGUACACUUUGCCACUCUCUUGUACAAAGAGCUCACGGCAGUUCCCUACAUGGCCAAGUUUGUCAUUUUCGCCAAGAUGAACGACCCCCGGGAAGGACGGCUACGCUGCUACUGCAUGACAGAUGACAAGGUGGACAAGACCCUGGAACAGCAUGAAAACUUCGUGGAGGUGGCCCGGAGCAGGGACAUAGAGGUUCUAGAAGGGAUGCCUCUGUUUGCAGAACUCUCUGGGAACUUGGUGCCUGUCAAGAAAGCGGCCCAGCAGCGAAGCUUCCAUUUCCAGUCAUUUCGAGAGAAUCGCCUGGCCAUCCCCGUGAAGGUGAGGGACAGCAGCCGCGAGCCAGGAGGGUUCUUGUCGUUCCUGCGGAAGCCGAUGAAAUAUGAAGACGCACAGCACAUCCUCUGCCACUUGAAUGUCACCAUGCCCCCCUGUACCAAGGGCAGUGGAGCAGAAGACAGGAGAAGGACCCUGACGCCCUUGACUCUUCGCUAUAGCAUUCUCAGCGAGUCCCGGCUGGGUUUUACCAGUGACACAGACCGUGUUGAAAUGAAGAUGGCUGUCAUCAGGGAGCACCUCGGCCUCAGCUGGGCAGAGCUGGCCCGGGAGCUGCAGUUCAGCGUGGAGGACAUCAACCGGAUCCGUGUAGAAAACCCUAACUCCUUGUUGGAUCAGAGUACAGCCCUGCUGACCCUCUGGGUGGACCGUGAAGGCGAAAAUGCAAAGAUGGAGAAUCUGUACACGGCCCUGCGGAACAUCGACAGAAGUGAGAUUGUUAACAUGUUGGAGGGCUCCGGCAGGCAGAGCAGAAACCUCAAACCAGACCGGAGGCAUGGGGACCGGGAGUACUCAUUGUCACCCUCCCAGGUGAAUGGUUACUCCUCGCUGCAGGACGAGCUGCUGUCCCCCGCCUCCCUGCACUACGCACUUCCCUCUCCACUGUGUGCAGACCAGUACUGGAACGAAGUGGCCGUCAUAGACGCCAUCCCCCUGGCGGCCACGGAGCAUGACACCAUGCUGGAGAUGUCUGACAUGCAGGUGUGGUCUUCGGGCCUCACACCCUCCCUGGUCACUGCUGAGGACUCCUCUCUGGAGUGCAGCAAGGCCGAGGACUCUGACGCCAUACCAGAGUGGAAGUUGGAGGGGGCACACUCAGAGGACACGCAGGGCCCGGAGCUGGGCUCUCAGGACCUGGUGGAGGACGACACAGUGGAUUCAGAUGCCACAAAUGGCCUGGCAGAUUUGCUAGGUCAGGAGGAAGGUCAGAGGUCAGAAAAGAAGAGUCAGGAAGUCUCAGGCACAGAGCAGGACACAGAGACUGAAGUGUCUCUUGUUUCAGGCCAGCAGCGAGUUCACGCCCGAAUCACAGACUCACCCUCAGUGAGGCAGGUGCUGGACAGAAGCCAGGCCAGAACAGUGGACUGGUAUAAACAGGGUUCAGCAGCAUCAUAUCCACAAGAGGCCGCACAAAGUUCCUGGCAAGAGGAGGUCACGCAAGGCCCACAGUCAUUCCAGAGAAGGAUCACCACCAUCCAAGGGCCGGAGCCCGGCACACUUCAGGAAUAUGAGCAGGUGGUGGUGUCCACCAGGGAGCAUGUGCAGAGGGGGCCACCUGAGAGCGACAGCCCCAAGGCCGGGAAGGACCCAAGUCUGUGGGCAUCGGAGAGUGCCUUCUCUCAAGAGGUGCAGGGGGAUGAGCUUCAGAAUAUUCCAGGAGAGCAGGUGACAGAGGAACAAUUCACAGACGAACAGGGCAACAUUGUCACCAAGAAGAUCAUUCGAAAAGUCGUCCGACAGGUGGACUCCUCUGGUGCCAUCGACACCCAGCAGCACGAGGAGGUGAUUGUUGAGGGACCCCUGGCAGACCCUGGGGAUCUGGAAGCGGACAUUGAGUCCUUUAUGAAACUUACUAAGGUGGAGCUAAGAGGGAGUGGACUCCAGCCGGACCUGAUAGAAGGCAGGAAGGGGGCUCAAAUAGUGAAGCGGGCCAGCUUGAAAAGGGGCAAACAGUGACCUCUCCUCAAGUAGCCCCUUGGGAGGAUCACACCUCAACACCCAAACCCUGAACUCCACACACUCUUGUCAUGCACACGGGAGGAGACCUGGACCAGAGGGCUACUGAAGGGUCGCACGCGUUCUGAGCUCCCCGGCAUGACCUCUGUAAGGAGUUUCCUUUAGUCUCCUAUUCGCAUGAAUGACUGGCUGUAGACGCAUGACCUACAGUCUUCAGUCCUGCCUCUAGCGACUAUGGAUCUCUGUGGGAAUCAGGACAAAGGCGGCGAGAGAAGGGAGCGGAUAAGGAGCCCCAAAGAGCACACGGGUGCAGACACGAAUAAGGGCUUACCGUGGCUGGGAUGGUUGAUCCGUUUGUUUGCGUUUUGUUUUGAUUUUUGACUUCAAACUCAUUUGUAAGAAAUUCACACGAUCUUUCUGGACCGAGGGAACGGGAAACGGCGUGAAAUCAGUUUAGCCCUUUGUCCUCGUGUACCAGUCUCCUAUACCCCCCCACACACCACAUGCCACUCGUCCCCGCCCCACCCCCACCCCCGUGGAGGGACUGCUCUUCCCAGAAUGACAUGACACAGGUGCACACACGCAGGUCUUCCCUUCACUCAGUCUACACUGAUUUUACUGUGACCUCUGAAGCCGUAUGGAUAAACUGGAUUUAUUUUUUUUUUUUAUGUUGUCUCUCAGUUUCAGUAUUAACUCACCUUCCAGUGGGAGAUCAUCACCCUGAGAGUGCACUCGGGGUUCCUUGUGUUAGAAAUUUAAGAACUGAGGCAAGGAGCCCCUAGGCUUUGCUGUAGGGCUCAAAGGGGAGCCAGGGUCCCAUCUCGAAGUUCUCUGCUGGGGAAGGACCUGUGGCUGUCCGAGGAUCGCACCAGCAUGUCCGAUAGAGGAAGGGGUUUUCUAAACCGUCAAGUACUUCUAUAAUAGUCUGUGUUCAAAGUGUAAACUGUUACAGUAAUCAGCCUUGUGUAUAUGAAAACAAUAAAUACUAUGCAAACCAAUAGAAA